AUGGCCAUGAUCGCGGACGCCUUCGUGUCGUACAUGGUCGAGAGGAUCCUGGAACUGGCCGAAAAAGAGGUGACGAGGCUGCUGGGAGUGAGGGAGAACUUCAAACAACUCCUUGAAAGGAUGGAGGAGUUGGCGGUCUUCCUCAAUGAUGCCGAUAGGAAGGAGAUCGGCGAUAGUUCUAUCCACCUCUGGCUCAGCAGACUGAGGGAGGUCGUGUACGACAUCGACGACCUCAUCGACGAUUACCAAUUCGAGGCCGACAAUCUCCCUCGGACGCAGGAGGAUCGGGCGGCGGGUUCAUCGGCAAACUGCGGCCACUUCAUUCCUUCCUGCAUCUCCUCCCUCCCUUUCCGGCACAGGAUAGGAAGGAGAAUCGAUUCCAUCAAUAGGAGACUGGAGGGCAUCCGCAAGGAGAAGCCGCCGCAGCUGGUGAAAUCUCAAGCCGGUCCCGACCGCGACAUUUAUCAGGGACGGAGGAGGGAGGACCGCUUGACGACCUGGCGGAUGGAUGGGGGAACCGUCGUGGGGAUCGAUCUGGAAGCCGAUCAGAUGGUGGAGAAACUCACGAAGGGGACCAACGCGAAGUGCCUCAUCUACGCCAUUGUUGGAAUGGGGGGAAUAGGGAAGACAACCCUAGCCAAGAAGGUCUACAACGACCCCCGCAUCCAGUCUCACUUCGAGGUGACGCCGUGGGUCUGCGUCACUCAAGAUGUCGUCAAGAAGGAUCUUCUGAAGGCGAUUCUCGACUCGGCGAAGGUCGACUGCGACCAGAACGACACAGUAGAAUCCAUGGAAUCCAAAGUCGAGGAGCUCGUCAGCGACAAGAGGAUUCUGCUCGUGUUGGACGACGUCUGGGACGGGGGAAUUUGGGAGGAUAACCUGGAGUAUCUACUGCAGGGCAGCGCGAUGAACAGUCGGCUCUUGAUAACCACCAGAAAGGAAGAAGUCUCCAGGAGGAUGGGAAGCUUUGAGACAUACAAGAAGAAGCGGCUGUCCCCAGACGAAGGAUGGCGGAUCCUUCGCACCGCGUUGGAGGAUUCAAUCACUCAGGAGAGGCUUCAGAAUUUCCGGAUGGUCGGCAUGGAAAUUGUGGAUAAAUGUGGGGGCCUUCCUCUGGCAGUCAAGGUCGUUCGAGGAGUUCUGAAAUCCAAGGGCUCCCCUCGUAUUGAAGACUGGAAGACUGUCCGCGACAACCCGUCCUGGAAACAGCCGAGAGACGAGCGUGAGAGCUUGCAGGAGCUGAUACCGGCUCUGUAUCUGAGCUACGCAGACCUGCCACCGAAUCUGAAGCAGUGCUUCAUCUACUGCUCCCUCUUCCCCGAGGACUUCAAGUUCCACAAGCCGAACCUCGCUCAGAUGUGGGUAGCCGAGGGUUUCGUGCGGCCGGCGGGGAGCCGUGCCAAAGAGGACGUCGCCCUCGAAUACUUCACGCAGCUGAUGAACAGGAGCCUUCUGCAAGAAUUGCCAGGAUAUUUUGAGGACUGGGGCGCCACGAUGCACGAUGCAGUGAGAGACCUCGCCGUCCACGUUUCUACAAAAAAGUACCAGUUCCAACAGGGCUCUCGGCAUUGGACGCUCUUGAGGAAGGACGCAAAAGAGGCGCCGAGCUUGAACGAUAUGAGGAAACACGUGAGGACCCUGCUGCUCUCCAGGAAUCCGUCCAUUACUUGUCUGCCCAAGAAUUAUUUCGGGAAGCUCAGGCGUCUGCGCGUCCUGGAUCUCUCAUACACGGGGAUUGAGAGUCUGGACGACUCCAUCGGGAAACUCGUCCAGUUGAGAUUUCUUAAUAUCUCAUACACCAAGCUGAAGGGGAUUCCAGACUCCAUCCAGAACCUGCGAAAUCUGCAGACCCUGCAUUCAUAUGGCUGCAAGUUCUUGAAGAGGCUUCCGAAUGGGAUGUCUCAACUCGUCAACUUGACUGAUCUCAGAGUCGAUCCUGCCGACGGUCAGCUGGACCAAAUGCCCGUUGGAAUGGGGAAUCUUGUAAAUCUGCGAACAUUAAGGGGCUUCGUGGCGAACGAUCAGACUCAGGGUGAGAACAACAUGAAGGACUUGGAGGGUUUGACCCAGCUCCGAGAUCUUGCCGUGUACAAGCUGGAGGCAGUGACAAGCAGGGCUAAGGCACAGGAAGCAUGCUUGAAAAAUAAGCAGAAAUUGAAUAAACUUCAAUUGUCAUGCAACCCAAGGAAAGAUCUAGAUCGAGAGGAUCCUGAAAUAAAAAGAAUUGAAAAAGUAUUUCAAGGUCUUUCGCCACCUUCAAUGUUAGAGAUCCUUCACAUUGAAAAGUUUUUUGGUAAGAGACUUCCUGACUGGAUCAGUAACGAUUCCCUCAGUAAUCUCCGAUGGUUGAGACUGGAAAACUGCAAGUUUUGCAGAGAGCUUCCUCCUCUAGGGAAGCUGUCUGAAUUAAGAGUUCUCCACAUUUGGAGUCUUUCAUCAAUAUCUGCUAUUGGCGCCGAGUGCUUUGGCGGUGAGACAGAAGUAAGAUCAUCCUUGCCCAGCUUAGAGACACUGUACUUUCGGGGCAUGUCCAAAUGGAAACUCUGGUCAGGCUUAGGAUGCGGUGCACUGCCUGUUCUCAACAGCUUGCACAUUGCCAAGUGUCCAAAGCUGAGAUCUCUUCCAGACGGUCUAUGUCAUGCUACUUCUUUGAGGCAGUUACAGAUUGACGGCGCUGAUAAACUGAAGGUCAUCAAGGAUCUCCCGUCGGUUACUGAAUUGAAGAUCUCAAAUAACCAGAAUCUGGAGGAGAUCUCCAAUCUCACACAACUGAAGACCAUGGAUAUCUGCAAUUGCCCAUCUAUAACGCAGACCAACUUUCUUGACGUCCUAGCUCAUCUGAAGUUGGUGGAUUCCAAGAUUGACAUCCUGCCCGUGUGGUUGACACGAACCACUUCACUCCAAAGGCUAGAACUGGUAUGUAGCGUUGAUCUUCUCAAACGUUGUUGCUUGGCCGAUAGUGAAGACUGGUGUAAGAUAAGCAACGUUCCCCGAAUCGAAGCAAGGUCCCAUGAAGGGUCGAAAUACAUAUCCUAUGUAAAGCACCCACACUCUUUCGAGAGCAACUGA